AUGGCAGCGUCGAUAGUCCCACGCCUUGUCCGACCUGGCAUACGUCUCGCUAGAAACACUCCUCUCCUCCCCUCCUCUGAUUUCUUGAAGACAACCACCCGGGCAGCUUCCACAUCCAAGCACCCCAGUGGCUUCACACCUCCCACUACAGAAGACCUAUACGAACUUCGCGAAAGAGUACAGGAGUUCACAAGAAGAGAGAUCCCCGAAGAGGUUGCCGCAAAGACUGACCAGUGGAAUGAGUUCCCCAAUGAGAUGUGGAAGAAAAUGGGGGAGGCAGGGUUCCUCGGCCCGACUGCCGAUGAAGAGUACGGCGGGUUGGCCAUGGGAUACCAAGCACACUGUGUCAUCAACGAGGAGAUCAGCCGGGCUUCUGGUUCUAUUGGUCUAUCCUAUGCGGCCCAUUCCCAGCUCUGCGUGAAUCAACUGAAUCUAAACGGGACCAAGGAGCAGAAAGAACGGUUCUUGCCCGGUCUCAUUUCCGGAGACAAAAUCGGCGCUCUGGCCAUGUCAGAACACUCGGCAGGGAGUGAUGUCGUGAGCAUGAAAACAACGGCAAAGGCCGCCGAUGGGGGCUAUCGACUGAACGGUACAAAGAUGUGGAUCACCAAUGGCCCGGACGCCGACUACAUUGUAGUAUAUGCAAAGACCGAGCCCGAAAAGCAGAGCAAGGGCAUCACGGCUUUUAUCGUCGAAAGCACAUCCAAAGGAUUCUCUGUGGCCAGGAAACUCGAUAAAUUCGGCAUGCGAGGGUCCAAUACUGGUGAACUGGUCUUCGACGACGUCUUUGUUCCCAAGGAAAACAUCCUGGGAGAGGUUAACCGGGGCGUCAAGGUCCUGAUGGAAGGCCUAGACCUGGAGCGGCUGGUUCUCAGUGCCGGUCCGCUGGGCAUCAUGCAAGCCUGUCUUGACCUCGUGCUGCCGUACACCCACCAGCGGAAACAAUUCGGUCUGCCCAUCGCACACAACCAGCUGAUCCAAGGCAAAUUGGCCGACAUUUAUACCAAGCUGCAAGCGGCAAGGGCAUACACCUACGCAACUGCCAAGAAGGUCGACGAGGAAGGUCAGAUUCGAACACAAGACUGUGCUGGAGCGAUCCUAUAUGCGGCCGAGCGUGCCACUGAAUGCGGCCUUGACGCUAUUCAGCUGAUGGGUGGCAAUGGUUAUGUCAACGAAAUACCGGCUGGGAGGCUCUUGAGGGAUGCCAAGCUGUACGAGAUCGGAGCUGGGACGAGCGAGAUCAGGAGAAUGGUUAUAGGCAGAGUCUUCAACAAGGAAUAUGCAGAACAGGGUAUCUAG